AUGGGAAGGAAGAAGGGGUAUGUUGAGUUCGAGGAAUCGCCGCCGGACGACUUCGAUCCGGCGAAUCCGUACAAGGACCCGGUGGCGAUGCUGGAGAUGAGGGAGCACAUCGUGAGAGAGAAGUGGAUCCAAAUAGAGAAGGCCAAGAUCAUCAGAGAGAAGCUCCGCUGGUGCUACCGCAUCGAAGGCGUCAACCACCUUCAGAAGUGCCGCCAUCUCGUCAACCAGUACCUCGAAUCCACUCGCGGCAUUGGUUGGGGCAAGGACGGUCGCCAUCCCUCUCUCCACGGUCCGAAGGUCGAGCCAGUUGAGUCUGAAUGA